AUGAGUGCCUACGACGCGUUGGUAUUCAACACAAUGCGCGCCGGCGAGAACGCUAUGACCAGCGAGCAGCAGGCUGGCAUGACUCAGUUCAUCAGCGGCGGCAAAGGCUUCGUCUGCAUCCACAUCGCAGGCUGCGCUUCAGAGGACUGGAUGGAAUACUACGACAUCACCGGAGGCGGAUGGCUGCUCAACGACAGCUACCACCCUCCAUACGGACAAUUCGAGGUCAACAUCACCGAUGCCGACAGCCCGGGCGCGGCAGGCAUUUCUGACUUCACGACUAAUGAUGAGCUUUACAUGGGCAUCGAGUAUCGUGACGGAAACGAUGUGUUCAUGACUGGCGACUCGGAGGACGGUACAUGGGUGUGGCGCGGCGAAGAGACGUUCAUGGCCGGCGGCACGUUCCCCCUCGGCUGGACGCGCGCCUAUGGAGAGGGCAAGGUGUUCACGACGCUGCUGGGACACAACGGCCUUAGCUUCGAGACACCUGAAUUCCAGCGCAUUGUGUUGAAUGGAAUCGAUUGGACGACAUCCUGA